CGUCAGUCGUCAGUUUUUCUUCAGUGGCUUCGCGCGUCCGCAAUUUUCAGUGUGUGGUGCGUUGUUGCUGCUGCCUACUCUUUUCUUUCUGCUCUCCACGGCAGCGGGAAAGGAAAAUACAUACACAUGCAUACAGGGCCCCAUCACAUACAGUAAAAAUAAAUUCAACUUUAUUGCUUUUCCCCCCGUCGCGUUAUCGUGUGUGUGUGUGUAUUAGUAUUAUAUAUAUAUUUUACCAUAUAUAUAUGGCUUGGAAAAGCAACACCAAAAUUUGAUAUGUGCAAAGUUUAUUGACGACUACGUGCUGCCUGUGAUUCUAUUUCGCAUAACUGCUGACACACUAAACAAAACUGAAAAAAGAACCAAAGGCGUAAGCUGUUUGUUUGUUUAGACACCUUAGUUUGAUCCAAUAUUAAUCAAAAAACGAGUGGCGACAAAAAAAACCAAGUCAGAGAGAGCGCUCGACGUUCGGCCCCAAGGUCGUGGGCCCAAACCCCCCAGGAUCCAUUUCCAACAACCCCAUCCAACCACCCAAGAAACCAAAAUGGAUGACGAUCAGCAGUUUUGUUUGCGGUGGAACAACCAUCAGAGCACACUGAUCAGCGUGUUCGACACGUUGCUGGAGAACGAGACUCUAGUCGAUUGCACGCUAGCCGCCGAGGGCAAAUUUCUCAAGGCCCACAAGGUGGUGCUGUCAGCAUGCAGUCCCUACUUUGCUACCUUACUACAAGAACAGUACGACAAACAUCCCAUCUUUAUACUCAAGGAUGUCAAGUACCAAGAACUGCGCGCCAUGAUGGACUACAUGUACCGCGGCGAGGUCAAUAUCUCGCAGGAUCAGCUGGCCGCCCUGCUCAAGGCCGCCGAAUCGCUGCAGAUCAAGGGCCUGUCGGACAAUCGCACUGGCGGCGGAGCAGCCCCCAAGCCUGAGUCCACCGGCCAUCAUCGCGGCGGUAAGCUGAGCGGUGCCUACACACUGGAGCAGACGAAGCGGGCUCGACUGGCCACCGGCGGAGCGAUGGACACGUCCGGCGAUGUGUCCGGUUCACGCGAGGGCUCCUCAAGUCCGUCGCGUCGUCGUCGAAAAGUCCGACGUCGCAGCAUGGAGAAUGAUGCCCACGACAACUCAAACUCGUCCGUGUUACAAGCCGCCGCCUCGAAUCAGUCAAUCCUCCAGCAGACAGGCGCCGGUUUGGCCGUCUCCGCUUUGGUCAGCACCCAGUUGUCCAGCGGACCGGCAGCCGGAACCAGCAGCCAAGCGUCGUCGACCCAGCAACAGCAGCCAUUGACCAGCACCAACGUUACCAAAAAGACUGAAAGCGCUAAACUAACAUCCUCGACAGCCGCCCCAGCGAGCGGAGCAUCUGCGUCAGCGGCCGCCGUACAACAGGCCCAUCUGCAUCAGCAGCAGGCGCAGACCACAAGCGAUGCCAUUAACACCGAGAAUGUACAAGCCCAGAGCCAAGGUGGCGCCCAAGGCGUCCAAGGCGAUGACGAGGACAUUGACGAGGGUAGUGCCGUUGGCGGACCAAAUUCCGCCAGCGGACCCAAUCCCGCCUCCGUCUCUGCAUCCGCCGUCCAUGCCGGAGUUGUGGUAAAGCAGCUGGUCAGCGUUGUGGACAAAUCGUCGUCGAAUCACAAACAUAAGAUCAAAGACAACAGCGUGUCAUCAGUGGGCUCCGAAAUGGUUAUUGAACCCAAAGCCGAAUACGAUGACGAUGCGCACGAUGAGAACGUUGAAGAUUUGACACUGGACGAGGAGGACAUGACAAUGGAGGAGCUGGACCAGACGGCCGGCACCAGCCAGGGUGGCGAAGGAUCUAGUCAAACAUAUGCAACAUGGCAGCACGACAGAUCUCAGGAUGAACUUGGACUAAUGGCACAGGAUGCACAACAACGGGAUCCCCAAGACGAAGCUGGCCAAAACGAAGGUGGAGAGUCCAGGAUUCGAGUCCGUAAUUGGCUUAUGCUGGCUGACAAAUCCAUCAUUGAGAAAUCCUCAGACGAACCCUCAGACAAACUAACUCAGUCCAAAAAAUCACUCACAAACGAUGCUAAAACCACUAACAAAACGUCGACGCCGAUCCGGCCCAAAGUUUCCACGACGACCACGUCCACGUCCACAUCCACAUCCACGUCGACGGCGGCAGCAGCAGCAGCAGCAGCAACAAUUGCAGCCAAACAGGCGGCGGCGGCAAUCGCCAGCAGCAACAUCAACAACAACAACAGCAGCUUGACCCAGACGCUGACCCAAACGGUGACCCGCAUCGGAAGCAUUGGACGCACAACCAUUGCCUGCAUCACGCCGGCAAACAAUGGUAACAAGAGCUCGUCGAGCAAUUGCAAUGUGGAUGCCGCAUCGGCCGCUGCUUUGGCGGCUGCCGGCGUGGAGCUGGACAGCAUCGAUGACACCAUGACCGAGGUGAUUGUAAAGAUCGAGAAUCCAGAGAGCAUGCCGCUCAACGAGGAUGAGGACGAUGCCGUUUGCAAUGAGGCUAUUGAGGAUGAGAAUACCUUCGACUAUGACCUGAAGCUGGGCAGUCCGUUGUCCUGGACCUACGAUGCGGUGAAAAUUGAGAACGAGGAGUUCGAGGAUAGCUAUUUGAUGGACAACGACGAUGAUGAUGACGAUCUACUGACCACAGCGGCGGCGACCCAAAAGCACGCCAAGCAAUCGAAUGAGAAGCAAAUGGCCGGUUCACUGCAUCCUGGCGCUGGCAGUGCGGGUGCCGUCAAGAAGAUCGUGCUCAGUGCCCAGCAGCAACAGCAACUGCUCGAGCAGCAACAGCAUCUGCAGCACUUGCAACUGCAGCCCACCAGUCAAUCGCUGCAGAUUAAGUUGCCCGCCAUACCAGCCACCAUUACAACGAUUUCGGCACCCAAGCAGUUGAUGUCUGGUGCGGGAACCAGUGGCGCCCUGACCCCAACCAAUUGUACGCUGAUGAGCAACAAGUUGGGACUGCCCGUUAAGGGACAGAAUCUCGAUCUGCAUUGGUCGCACUCGGACGACAAUCGCUACCGCGUACUGGUCCAGAACAAGCGCACACGCAAGGAGUCACUGGAGCACUCCGCCGACAUGAUCUACAAUGCGGAUAUCGAGAAGCCGUGGGUGUGCCGCAACUGCAAUCGCACCUACAAGUGGAAGAACAGUCUCAAGUGUCAUUUGAAGAACGAGUGCGGCUUGCCACCCCGCUACUUUUGCAGCAAGAUGUGCGGCUAUGCCACCAAUGUCCACAGCAAUCUGAAGCGUCACCUGAACACCAAGUGUCGUGAUCGCGAGAAGGAUGCCGAGGAGGAGAAGAAGCCCAGUGCCGGUGGCAAUUUGCCAGUGGUCGUGGGCGUUGGCAAUGGCACCGCACUUCCGGUCAGCGGCAGCAGCAGUAACAACAACAACAACAACAGCGGCAGCAGCACCAGUAGCACCUACACCUUGGUGUUCCAGAACGACAGUGCUUAGGAGAGACUUGGACUUGUACAAAACGCAGGCCGCGGCUAAGGAACGGCUUUGGAAACUAACAUUCUGCUAGUGCAAAUCUUGGUAAAUCCUUCGGGUUGAGUUUUUUAUGGGCCCAUCCGCCCGACUAUGGAAUGCCCUUACAAUUUCUUUAUUUUCGUUGAACGAAGCCGGUGAUGCCGUGGUAACUAGAAGUAGUUUGCAAUACAUUGAACAAAAAUACAUGCAAAACAAAGAAUAUUGUAUUGCUUUAGCAAAUUCUCACAACAAAUUUAAUUCUAAUCCUUAUAAAUAUGUGUAAAUUUUUUCCCAGAAAAAAAAAAGAAAGAAAAACAAAAAAACGAAACGAAACCAAACCAAAAAGAAAUUAUAUAAAACUAGUCAUCAGCUAAAUUUGUUUUAGGUGUGCUACAAACACUACAAGCAAAAAAAAAAAAUUAAAAAAAGAAGGGAAAAUUUUGUAAUAAUAUUAUAAUUUAAAUACAAGGAAAAACCCUAACUGUAUGCAUGGCAUGAAGGUAAAGCAAAUGCCCCUCCAAAGAUACUUAAUUAUAAAAAUAAUGAUAAAACCUUUUGAUUUUGUAUUAUGUUUGCCAUACGCAAUAAUUUUUUUUAAUUUGUUAGAAACAUUUUUAAAAAUCUUAUUUCUGGUCACUAAGUUAUGCUUAUAUAAUAAUGAUUAUUAACUACAAAUGAUUAUCUAGUCAAAACGAAACGAUAAUGAGAUAUAAUAUUUUCAAUUUUAGACAAAAAUUAAACCUAAUUGAUAAAGACAAUGUUUAUAAACUUUAAUUCGAAAUAUCAUCAGCGCAUGUAUGCUUUGAAAAUUGUUAGAUUUAAUGAAAUGAAUCACGAACCACGGAACGGCA